UUUUGCGGCUUCCCAUUCGACGAUAAACAUUGCGACCUGACCCACAGGGAUUUCAGAGAGCCAAGGCACGUCAACGUGAAUGAGGCCGAGUUGUGUCCACUGUCGCUAUUAUUCCUGCGGGACUGGAAUUACCCACCGAUAUUAAAAGACAUUCACAUUAUGGUGGAGCCGUGCCCGGCUUGAAAAGAAGGAGACGCAGACCUGUCGCUCUGACAUCGACCUUUACCACCGGAAACCCGCUAGCCUUGGCAGCUAACGGGAGCUAGCUAAGUUAGCUGUUACAUACCCUCGUUUUUUUUUCUCCACGCAGCUGACCUCCACCACAACACAGACGUAUUGAGUACCUUUUGCUCGCUAGGUUGGGGUCGUUUCCCCCAUUUUUCUUUACGCCCGCUCCCGUCCCCGUGUGGUGCCCCUUGGACGUUUCCCGAAUAUGAUACAUAAUGAGUCAAAGAGAUACCUUAGUUCAUCUGUUUGCUGGAGGAUGUGGGGGUACAGUCGGCGCCAUAUUGACUUGUCCACUGGAAGUAGUGAAGACCCGUCUGCAGUCGUCCACCCUCACCCUCUAUGUGUCUGAGGUCCAGCUUAGUACUGUCAACGGAGCCAGUGUGGCACGCGUGUCCCCACCUGGCCCCCUGCACUUCCUCAAAUUGAUAUUGGAGAAAGAAGGACCUCGCUCUCUCUUCAGGGGAUUGGGGCCAAAUUUGGUGGGUGUGGCACCUUCCAGAGCAAUCUACUUUGCUGCUUACUCCACUGCCAAAGAGAGACUGAAUGGUGUGUUGGAACCCGACUCCACGCAGGUACACAUGGUGUCGGCUGGAAUGGCAGGUUUUACAGCCAUCACAGCAACUAAUCCAAUAUGGCUCAUAAAGACCCGUCUGCAGCUGGAUGCUAGGAAUCGAGGUGAGCGAAGGAUGAAUGCGUUUGAGUGCGUACGGCGGGUGUAUCAGGCAGAUGGCCUGCGAGGCUUCUACAGAGGUAUGUCGGCAUCCUAUGCCGGUAUCUCAGAGACUGUGAUCCACUUUGUGAUCUAUGAAAACAUCAAGCGUCGCCUCUUGGAGGCCAAAGCACCGCAGAACAUGGAUGAGGAAGAGGAGUCGUCCAGAGACGCUUCAGACUUUGUGGGGAUGAUGCUUGCUGCUGCCACCUCCAAGACCUGUGCCACAUCUAUUGCUUAUCCUCAUGAAGUGAUACGCACCAGGCUACGCGAGGAGGGCACCAAGUAUAAAUCCUUCUUCCAGACUUUAAGAACAGUGCCCAAAGAGGAGGGUUACCGCGCCCUGUACCGUGGCCUCAUCACUCACCUGGUACGACAGAUCCCCAACACCGCCAUCAUGAUGUGCACCUACGAGCUGGUGGUCUACCUCCUGAACGGUUAAAGUCUCCCCCCCACCCCCACCUAGACAGUAUAUGUGACCCUGCCCCUGUUCAGAGAUGGAGAAGAAGAGAAUGACAGCAACAGCACACCAGCUAGCACGACAACCUGCUCACCAGAAGAGAAGAGAGACAGCACGUUGAUGACCUUUGUCACAGUGACGCGAAUGGUUGUUAAAAAUAAGUUGGCGGUUUUGUUUUAUAACCAAAGGGUCUGGCACAGGGAGGAGGAUCGAAAAGCUCCUCGUGUUGGUUUGGGGAUCUGGGUUUAGCAGUGGCAAAGUAAUGGCUGCCCUAUUUUCAUUUUAAUUCCUCCUUUUUCUCCCUUCGGUUGUGCGUGUCACCUCUGGAAGCUCAGAUUCAGAGAACCUGACUGACAGUAUAUUCUGCCUCUAACAAUACUAAUAAUGAAGGAGAAGUACGAUAAUUCCAGUCGUUAGUACCUGGUGGACAUAAGACCCCCUCCAGCAGUAAACCUAGCUGUCACACUGAUGAUCAGUUUUUAAAAUAUUCAGUAGUACCAUGCAGCAUUCCCUGCAUCCCUCGAGGACCAGAAUACAAAGACGCAGGCUGAGCUGAAAUGUCUGACGAAGGUUCUCAAGUUAGUGAGAAGAAGUCAUUGCUUGAGGCUGUUUGAGGCAGGAUAAACAGAGGAAACAGGCGGAGGUAGGGAGGGAGGCGAAUGGGAGACGUGCCUUGUGUGAAAAUAUGAUGUGUAGACUAAGAUGCACAAUGGCCUGCAGGAGGAGGCGGAGCUCUGGUCGACCUGUCACAACAAAGUCGUACACUGGCACUGUGUGGUUUCAGGAGCCCUUAGUGAACCCCUUUUGCAUAUCGCGAACAUAGACACACUCACCUUAAGGUUUUUAGCAUCCCGAAUGCUGGUCACGAUGUCCUCACUAUGAAGGAAUUAACAUGCAUUUCUGCCUAUACACUAAAUAGCUGCACAAAUGAUAUCUGCUGGUGAAGUCUACCUGCCAACAUCGACCUCUGAUCCUGAAUGUGUUUGUGUUCGCCAUGUGCGGAAGAAGAGUAAUCACUAAGGGUAGAUGAAGGGUAAAAAGUCCCCAAACUGAACCAGAAUAUAAUCCAUUAUUCUAACUACUGGAAUGUAAAUAAACAGAAGGAAUAACUUCACUAAAGGCAAUGAAGUAAAACACUGACCCAUGUUGUGAAUUUGAAAAUAAAUAUCAUUAACUAAUUCUAAUAUUGAUAGAUAUAUAAACUACCUACAUAACGUGAUUGUGUUGCAUUUGUCUGCCCAGUGAAGGCAAACUGCGGGCAUGUAGUGCAUUUUCUUUUUCGAGGAGAGGCCUGUUAGUUGUUACCUGUUCUCAGACAAUGGUGUCGUUCUUUUAGCACUUUUCAAUGUCUCUCUCUAGAUUCCUCAUCUCAUCUCGUCUUUUCCUCAGUUUGGAGACUCCAGGCUAGUUUUACAGGCGAGGACAAUCCUCUUUGAGUUUACUCUGGACACGUUGUACAGUUCAGCCAGUGUGGAGGAAGUAGCCAGGAAUAUGCUCUUCAUAAGCGCACAUUAAGUUACAGACCAGUGUAACAACACAAAAAAAAAUGGUAAUUAUUUUAUUAAUUCCCUUCCCUAGUUGUUGUUCUUGAAGAAAACAAAAUAACUUCAUUUCAACCAGUUCAAAAAAAUGGAAUUGCUUUUUGGUUUGUCAGUGUUUCAUGUGCUCUUGGAUGUCCUUGUCUUGUGGAAUGGAAAGGUACUUGCUCUCUGCUUUUGGAUACAUUUGUUUUUUUGUUGUUUUGUUUGUUUGUUUGUUUGUUUGUUUGUUUAGCAUUUUUAUGCCAUGUUUCAAAUACUACAAAAGACAAAAACAGUAUUUUGCUUUUAUCUCAUCUAUCCUAGUAGCCCCAGACGUAACUUUCCCUCUGUAAUAACACGACACAAGAACCUAGCCUGUUGAUGUCUGUGUUGAAUUUCACCACAAACUUAAAGUUUAUGGCUUAACUCGCAAUGCUAAAUUAUCAUGUCCCUCUAACGGCAUGAGCCGCUGCAGUCGUGCUACAGUGUAUCUGAACCCACGGCGAUAAGUUACUCAAACACUUGAGUGCUUAGCGGGUGGGAGCGCUGGUGUGCAGCAGUAAAAGCGUCCCCGACUACUGUGGAAGUGGUAUUGGGCUUACUAUGCAGCUCGACUAUGCUCACUCUCUUUGCGCCAUUGUACUUGAGAUUGCAGAUACAGUCUCGGUUGCUUUUCUCCACUGGAAUUAUUAUUGAUGUGAUCCUCAAUGUGAACAAUUUUGAGUUUUACAGCUCACAUGAACGAUUAAUUAGAUUAGUCUCAUUGUGCAGAUCUUGGUGUAGAUGUAUUAAUGCUUACACGCAGUACCAUCAGCGCACACUACUGAGGCAGUCGGACGUCCGUGGGAAACCUCUGUUGCUGCUAGUAGCGAUUGGAUCGUCGUGCGUCAUGGUGCUGGCUACAUUCAUGGGUCUAAAACCGGACGGACAGACAGCCUAAGCCUGUAGUGUGAGUUGAUUGCACUCAUGUGAUUUAAAGGGUUUGUUCACCCAAAUUCACAAAAAAAACCCCAUUCGUUUUUAUCUGGGUGAAAUGAUCCUUUAACUGUAUGGUUUUACGCAUCACUUCUCUUGUAUCACCUGAUGCAUUAUUUCCUACCUUCCAUGGUUCUUCUUUUGCACCCACGCGUUUGCAUUGUGUGCUAGUAAGUGUGCGUGAGUGUGUGUGUUGUAUUGCGUGUGCUCGCUUAAUGACAGCCGCAUGUCAUUCAGUCAUGUCCUGUGCGUAAGUGACCAUAGGAGUAUGUAUGUAUGCAUUCAGAGGAAUAGCUGCAAACAGUGUUGUUUUUAUCUUUUUAAAUAAAUUGUUGCCUUUCUCCUGACACCCUUUUGUUUUUUUCCAUGUGUUCACUGAUGAGUCCGCUUUGAGUGUGGCUCCGUCUAUGCAUUCUCUCAUACCUGUUUUUGUAAAACAAAACGCCAAUAAAAUGAAAAGAGUGCAAGCAUA